AAAAGUGGGUAAUGAGAAACAACAAUUUCAUCUUUCAUCAAAAUCCGAAUUUCAUUCUACUUUCUACUGUUUCCAAUUAAAGUUUAAACACUGAGUAAUUUGUAUCUCAUACCAUAGAAAUAUAUUAGAAUUAAAACUAUUUUCCGUAAAAUUUCUUUUCUAUGAAUAACCUCAUAUACCAGUAACUCUUAUUUGUAUUUAAAAUUUCAUUACAAAUUUGUUUUUUUAAUGUUUCUUUUAGUGUUAUUGACAACAGCUUAUUAUGUUAUGUUUUCACAUUUAACUUCUAUAUUUUUUAUUUUAACUAUCUAAACUAACGAAAUAAUGGCUAAAAUGGGUUUCAUACAAACGAUACCAGGCGAAGUCUUAUUAGAUGAUGAUUAUCCCAUUGAAACAAUAACCAAUAUUGCUCCGCCGUUUCCUGAUGUAAAAGGGGCCAAUCAUGAAAACGAUGAAUAUAAAGAAAACCUUGAAGAAUAUGUUAAAUGUGUUAAGGAAGGAUCCUACUAUUCGCUUCGAGAUCCUAGAUUUCUUUUACCUGGGGAAUAUUAUAUUAUCGAAAAAGGUGACAGUUUCGAGAUAUUGGAGGAUAUAAAGAGAGAUGGUAAUACUAUGGAAGUGGAAAAAUUAAUAAAAGCUUAUGAUUGUGGAGAAAAAUCAAAAACUGAUCUGGUUCCAGAUGAUGUGAUUUUCAAAAAACCAUGGCCAGUUUCGAAAACAAAAGUGCUCAAGAAAAAAAUGAAAAAAACCCAAAAAAAAACUGAUCCUGUGAGUAAAGUUGCUACACCAAGUAAAACUAGCCAUGUGAGCAAAGUUGUUACACCAAGUAAAACCAGAAACUUUGAAACUAGUAAUGCUCAAUGUUCGACAGGACCCAGCAAAAAAUCAAAGAGACGAUCUCUUUUCAAUCCAGAUUUAUUCGAGUUUACAAAAGAUUUUACCGAACUUUUUGGCAAAAAUUUAGAGUAGAAUUAACUUAAAAUCAAAAAAAUUUUGAAAAAUCAAAUUGGUACUUGAGCUUAUUUGAUUAUCCUUUCAGAUGAUGAUUAGCAUCACCUUCAUCUGAACUUAUGGAUAUACUUCUUGGAUAUGAAUGAUAAAAUGUGCUAUCAGAAAGACAGGAGUUAAUCCAAAUUGUGAGAACUGGAUUAAUAUAUUUGUUGACUUUAGUUUGUUAAUAUUUUUUGUUGAAUCUCACUUAUUCUGUUUUAUAUAACAAUGUAAAAUUCAUCAAGGAUAUAAUUUUUUGACUUCAUAUUAUGUUGGCUGUUACUUGAUAGGAAUCCAUUGCAUUGUAUUAUAUCAUUAACUACUGUGUUAUUAGUUUGUAAGAAUUUUAUUAAAACACCUGAAUACAAAUGAAUGCACAAAAUGAAAACUUUACAAUUUUGUUAUUCUUGUAAAUUAUACAAUUGAAAUGAA